AUUUCAGACGCAUUGCAUUGUCCCCAGCGCAAGAAGUCACCGAUCUUGCGUACCGACUCCGACGGUUCCGUUGACCGCGUAGCCUCAAAGCCAGUGUUCUGUGCUCGUUGCCGCCCUCCCGGCCUACACGAAUUGGCACUAUUGGAAAUCGUUGUGCAAAGAGGACCGACCGGACCGACGACCCAUCAUCCGCCUCUGGAAUGGCCGCUGCACCCGUUAUCAUUCCAUCUGUCGCGAAGCACACGUCGACGUUAAUCUUCCUUCACGGACUCGGCGAUACGGGCCAUGGGUGGGCCACUUCGAUGGCGGGACUCCGUACGGCUGACAUGAAGGUGAUCUGCCCGACGGCAGCCCCCAUGCCGGUGACGAUGAACGGUGGCUUUCGGCUUAACUCGUGGUUUGACCUGAAGUCGAUCUCGAUCAGUGACCCGGAGGACGAGGAGGGCAUCAAGCGGGCCACGCGCACCGUGCACGAUCUGAUCCGGAGCGAAAUGAAGGCCGGAAUCGCAUCGAACCGGAUCAUGCUCGGAGGCUUCUCGCAGGGCGGUGCGCUUGCCCUGUACGCGGGACUAACGUUCGUGGAACCGCUGGCCGGCAUCAUUGCGCUGUCGUGCUGGCUGCCGAUGCACAAGCGGUUCCCCGGCGACCGAAAGUGUCCGGAUACGGUGCCGAUUCUUCAGUGCCACGGUGACUGUGAUCCGAUCGUGUUUUACAAGUUUGGUCAAUUAUCCUCGAGCGUGCUGAAAUCGUUUAUGCAAAAAUCUCACUUCCAAUCGUACGAAAGUCUCGGCCACAGUGCCUGCGAUGCGGAGCUGGCCGAUAUGAAGAACUUCAUCGCAACACACGUUCCUCGUCAGUGAGCGUUACCCGUACGGGCAUCGGCCAAAAUCCCACACGCUCACAUCCCACAAAUUACCACCAAACUGGCGUGCAAUCGCGCGAAAGAAAUGUAAAAUUGUGCAAAGUGUGACAUCGUGAGUCUCCGGUCGUUAAUUGAUUCGUUUUGUUCCUUCAUUAAACAAUGUUGUAACUUACUGGCGAGAGGAGACGGAAAAGAUCAGACCAGAUGCUUCUGCGAUGGUGUUGUGCUUCGGUAUAAAAAUGAAGAAUGAACAUUACAUCCUAAAUACUUAAGGGCACGUAGGUUCGGGAGAAAAGCAACCAUUGUUUUAGUAGGCGCUGGUAAUGUGACAGAGGACUACACAUUUUAAGGACUGCAAAACAAUACAGAAACUGAGUCAAUAUCUUUAUAUCCUACCAGCAAAUGGGUGAGCGAGUACCGCCUCUCGGUACGCGGACUCAGCGAAAGCAAUACGAGAUUCAUGUCCACCACUGCUGGCAGCGUCGCGCCAAGGCAUUGAUUUUUCGCAAUCUAAGUAACGUACGAAACUAAGCAAAACGAAACGUCCCCGGAACUAAUCGUAAACGUAAGUCUAUAAAAAAGUAUUCAAAUCAAGCAAAGUUCAUACGCAGCUUUACGAUGAAAAUCGAUCAGAGGGAUGGCGCGAAUGAGUAGGAUAAUGAAGACGAAACCGUGAACGUGAGACAGAAAGUUAAACUUAUUCUAUUUUAGUCAAAACCAAGCAGAGCGUGGACACUCUAUUUUCUGCUAGUUUAAGGUUUCAGCUCGUGCUAAUCCGGUGGGCAGUUUUCGUAAAAACUGUUUUAAAUCUACUAUUAUUCACCCUUUCGCAACUGGUUCCAUUAGUUUCAGGUUUUGUUUUUUCCUUUCUUGCUCCUAUUCGGAGGGCCUUUCAUUCCGCUAUUCCACCGUGUGAUUUAAUCCAUUAUGUUCCUUUGACCGUUCAAGUUUGUGACGAAAAUUGACAAACGGCCGACAAAGCUACAAUCUCCGAGUAAGCCGAACUAAUCAUUCAAUGCCAACACAAGAGAGAUAAUAAUGAAAAUGAAACAGUGUGGAAACAAUCGAAAGGGCGCCGUUAGGGCACAAGUAGGCUCUGUAGCCAUUUACCAGAGAAAUAGCUUUCCGUAUAUUCAAUCGCUGGCAGAGAAUACCUUCUUCUGGCAUGAGGGAGAUCCCCAUCCUGUUACUCUAUUGGAAGCUGGUAGUCACUUUCGGCAAAUUAUUCAAAUCCUUAGAUCACAUUACUUCCGCGUUGCGUAGGAAGCGAAAAGAUGCGUCAAAAGCGUUAAUCUAUUCGAGCACGAACCGUAUAAUGUGGAAAGUUUAAACCGCUUCGCGAUUAAUGCGUCCCCUCGGUCGAAUGGUGGUUCAUUGGCAGACAGAAAUACGGAAGAGGCUAUGGCAUCGGAAACCGGAACUACUAAUAGAAACACAACCAACAUAAUGUAAUUUGAUCGUAACACUACUACAAGAGAUACAACAAUAUAUUUUAG